UCUACACAAUACUCCUUCAAUUGGACAUGUUUAGGCUUAUCUUAUCAUUUUGCGAUCUGUUUGCCCCGGACUGGGAGGAGUUAGUUGAAUCGACUCUCUAAGGUUUUCUGCAGACGGUUGAAGUUCGUGACAGCAGAGAAGCUGCUGUAAAGAGGGAGGGUAAGAGUCACUGGUAAAGAAUAUCCCAGCAGAAUGAAGAACAGCGCGGUGAUCUGCAUAGUUUUGUGUGCUUCCUUCUUCAGUGGUGGAUUUGCUCUGCAGUGCUAUAGCUGCCAGGAAUCCACCUCGUCUUGUUUGCAAACCUGUGCAAACAUGGAAGAUUCUUGUUUGAAAUUAAGUGAUAAAGGUGGAGCUGUGCUUCGUCAGCAGUGUAUCCGGUAUGCAGAUUGUGACUUUUCCAGACUGAACCAGCUGUUUCCUGGAUAUUCUAACUUCAAGUUCCAUUGCUGUAAUACCAAUCUCUGCAAUAGUGGCACGGCUACAGCCCUGAGCAAGUCUCUUCUCAGCCUGACCACCGUACUCGCUGUCUUCUGGAUGUGCUUGAUGUAAAUGUGGGGAUUCCCGUAAUGGCUUCAUAACUAUUUUAAUUUCAUAACGCUUUUCCCUUUUUUUUGUUUUUUUUGUUUGGGAAACAGAUUCUGUUUUAAUUUAAUUUGCUGAAUGAGGGAGAUAAUACAGCAUGCCUGGCUAUUUGAUUCUGAUUAAACAAAAUGCAGAAUAACAAACCAGCUUUUGACAAAGCAAUAUUUUAUUUAAAAAAUUAAUUUCCACAUGAAUGAAAUGUGAUGGGAUACUGUACCUUUCUGUUGUACAAAGCAGUUUAUCAAAUCCCAAUAUGUCCUGCCAUUGUACUUGAUGCACCUUGUGUUUCAGAAACCCUUUGAGAUACCAACUUCAUAUUCGCAGGCUUACCUAAACACAUCAAGGCUACGUUGUAACAGAUGACCUUGUCUGUCAACCUACUUUUGCUCACAUUAUUGUGUAGUCCUGUGACAUUCUGGUUUCUGGGAGACCAAAAACUUUUCAAAAAUUGGCUUCGCAUUUGCUUCGUGUCUGCAAAGUUAAUUUGUUGUAGGUAUCGUUCUGAGAUUAGGUUUAUAUCUGUAUAGUUAGCGCGGUGCAGUGAUUAAUGCACGCGAGGUUGUGCCACAGGGAGAUGACAAAUGGCUAUUAAAAAACCGAAGCUCACAAGUAUUGACUCUUGUAUUGUUUUGACUGUAAUUUUUGACUAAAACCGAUUCUGAUUUGUGUAUUUGAUUCAGCUUUACUGUUUCAUGAAUUUGUUCAUUGUAUUCCUGUAUCGGUAUAAAUGAAACCCCUGAGAUGUAACACCUUGUUUACAGCCAAUCUAAAUUA